UAUUAUAGUUCAUUCUGUACGAGCACGCACGUCUACUAUUUGGAAGGGACGAACUGGAGCGAAUUUGAGGAAAAAAUAAAAAAGGGAGAUUGGGAAUGAAUUUUUGGCAAAAUAAAUAUAAUAAUUUUUUAAAUUUUUUCAUAAUUGUUAUAUUCGUAUUAAUAUUUUUAAUAUUGAGGAUUUAUUCUAAUAAUCUUUAUUGCUCAGGUCAGGAUUAGUUCCUGGUUUUUUUGUAAGAGGAAUACACUACAAUAAUAACAACACAUUUGAUUGGGAAUUUUUAUCAGCUAUUUCAGUAAAUUUUCGAUUUAACUCUUCAAAUUACUUAAAUUUUGAUUAAGAUGCGGAGACCCGAUCUUCCUAAUAAUGAGAAUAAUGUUGACGCUGUAUUACAGCCUGUUGAGAAUCAAGGACGACAUAAACCUGAUGCACCGACUAAAAUAUUGUCUGAUAAUGUGAAUCAGCUUCGACAGGAUUUAAAUUUUUCUCGGACACAAUACGCUGAACUUUUCCGACUUCAUCAACAACAAAUGGCUGAGUCACGUGAACAGUCAGCUGCUAACAGAGAAGCAUUGCGUGCCGCACUUGCUGAUGCUGCAGAGAACAGAGAAGCAUUGCAUGCUUCACAAGAAGCAUUGCGUGCGGCUCAAAAUCAAAUCGAACAAUUGCAAAAUCUUUUGCGACAAAAUAAUAGUACUUUUUAUAUUGAAAUUAAAAAAUAA